GGCUGUACUUGGCUUGCUGUGGCUACGGUAGUAAUUCGUGGGAUAGUAUUACUAGCAUCAGUUCGGACAGUCCCUGGCUGCAUGCGCGCGGGACGCUAAUAACAGCAUCGCAAUAAACGUGGCCACCGCGAUUUCAUCAUGAGCAUUUGCUACACCUCCUUUAUAAUAGGGCACGAGCGCAUCUUAAUAUGCAUAUUCGCACCUCUGUUAAUUCAUGGCUGAUUUCCAUUCCACUGAGCUUGGCAAAAAAGCAUCUGCCAAAGAACAACCUCUCCCCGAAGCCCUUCGUUCCACGUCCCUUGUAAUGAGGGUACUCUGUUUUUUGGCACUUGGAUGCCCCAAUUUUGAUGAUCAUUGGAAGUCGCUGCAGUCAGAGCAAGCCUUCGAAACCGUUAGGACCAGAUUGUGCGAUAUCCUGGGCAGCACUAUCACCAUGGCGAGUAUCCUCGCUAUCAGUGGUGUUUUCGUCAGUACGGCCUCUCCUGUGUCAUACUUCGGCUAUACAUCAUCCAUUCCCUAUUAUUCAAUCUUUAUCUCACUUAUGUUUGCCAUAUUCGCCAUGUUGACAUCUGGCUCGAGCAUGAUACGUUGGCUACACACCGAUCGGCACUGGACUCAAGAACAACUCAAACAAGGCGGCUACUUUGUCUGGUCCUACCUGUUGUCAAUAGUCACGCCUAUGUUCUUCGUUGUUUGGUCCCUGAAUUGUUUCGUUUUCGCGAUAUUGAUAGCAGGCUUUUCAUCUCAAAGUGUGAUAUGUCGCGCCCUCACUGCGCUCGGGCUGGUGACAUACGUCGUCAACGUUGGGAAAAUAUUGAUUGAAGCUAUGCGGAAUUAUGCGACAAGUCUCGAGCACGCUGGAUGUCCCCAGUAAUCUACAGUUUCCAUGAUUUCAGUCAGGAAGAAAAAACCCUUAGACUGUCUAUUUUCCAGAUGUUCUUAUGCUUUCCAGGUUAUUACUAUCCCGCACGGCAGGGCCGUCACGACCAGAGUAUCCACUAAUUAAUAUAACUCAAGCUCAAUCAAUGCUUCUAACAUGUAACGUUCAUUGAGAGGUUGAGCGACUGAUUUUCAUGAAGCAGUUCCUUGAAAGCAGACAAAGUCACGCUGGUGAUUCUACUGUCAGUUUGGAGACGCCAUUUCUCAAAAUAUGCAACCACCCAGUAUUAUCAAAAGUAUGUACUACUGUGAUCCACUAUUACUUG